CUGCAACAAUGGAAAUUGGCACUUUUCACCUCUAAGCACAUACCGCGACGACAAUACUCGACCGAUUGUUACAAACAAGCACCAACGAUGUACAGUCUUGUAUAAAGGAAACACACACGUAGUCAGCUGCCAAGAGCACAAUAAGAGACCUACAGCUAAAACAACGAUUCUCAGAUAUGAUGAUCAGCCUCGCGUUUCUGUUUGCCUCCAGGAUUUUGUUCCUGUGCCAAAGUGACGCAAUGGUUUGUUCCAUUAGUCACGAACAUGAUCCGAGUGCAGGCAAUAUAUACCGAUGGGUCAUCCCAGUGGAAGAUCCCUGUAGUUGUACUGAGAUUCAACUGGGUGGUAUGAACACACGUACUCCUGGCCGCAACUUCAAAGUCAUCUACUUUGAUAUCCCUACUUCAACUGCAGACGAGGUUCACAAUUUGCUCAACUGCUCAGGUGGACCGGUCACCGAAAGCACAUCAUUAACAUCAAGUCACUACUCGGCAUCUCUUACAACCGAAGUGAAUUGCGCCGACGCUGGUGAUGGUCAAUACUUUGCUGACCACAGUGACUGCACGAAGUACUACCGAUGCAUCCUUGGGGAUCUUAUCCAUGAGUCAUGUACGGAUGGUUUGACCUUUAACCCCGACUAUUUUGCAUGUGACUAUACUGACAACGUUCUUUGUGCCGACUUUAACGACGGCUACGGACAAUAAGCUCAUUAAUACCAACAAUUAUAUGUGAACUAAUUAAGGCAGAAAAUGCAUUGGCUUACAUACUGGCAACGACGUCACACAAGUUUAUACCCGUAAUAGUUGUUCUUACAAUUUAAAAACGUGUUCGCCGCCAAAGGGCGAAUUAAACACGUGCACACGAAAACUUGUUAACAACUUAACAUAUUAAGAAAAAGAACAAACACAAACGGAGAAAGUAAAGAGGUCUUGAGCAAAUCAAAUUUGUCCCUUUUCUGCAGCCGAUUUCACGAAACUCUAUAGGAUCAGUCCUAACUCGAAUUAGGACGAAUAACCCGUCCUUACUUAGGAUGGGUUCAACGCUUCCUACGUAUUUGGAUACGGGACUCAACUCGUCCUAAGUCCUAAGAUUAAUACUACGUUAGGAAGAGUUUGGUGAAAUCGACGGCUGGUCACUCACAGGCACGCCGGGAAAGACAUGAACUAGUGAGCACAUUAUGAUAGUGGACGUAUCACUAACUAAAAUAAAAGCUAAAAACUACACCUUUGCAUGAAAUUUUUUUGGGCUUUCCGGACGAAUGGUGGCAGCAUACUUAACUUUUGAAAUCAUAGUUUUCGGUAAUGUGCGCAGGCUCAGAAUUUUUCAUGAACAAUUUUACUUGGUAAGUCUGCUGCCACCAAGCGUUCCAAAGUCUCCCAUUUCAGCAAAAAAAAUCUCACUCGAUCAAACUCGUUUCCGUGUAUAUGUUAAUUUCGUUUUAUGAUUCAGAUUCGUUUCACUUACUCUAGAUCAUUUCAAGUGCUUGAUUUUACGAAAUGGACCGAUCCGGCCUGUCAAUUAAACUGUGCGCGUUCACCCAUUUGACCAAUCACAGCAAUGAUUG